CCACCUUCUCACAAUCUCACUCAAAUCACCCAAAACACAUCAUCAUAUGUUUCCAACUUCCCAUUUCAUUCUCUCUUCUCUGCAACAAUCAGGCGAUUUUGAUCUGAUCAAAUGGGUUGCACUGUUAGAGACAAACACAUCCGUACAAAUCGGAGACCCCGUGUUCCCAAAUCAGAUUCCGAUUCAACCGAUAAAUCCUUAGCCAAUAAAUUGAAUUUCCAAUUAGGGUUUAAUGAAUUGUCCCCAAAUUCUGAUUCAAACCCUAGUUUUAAUGAAAAUAGUGGUUGGGGGUACUGUACGGAAGAACAAUUGGAAGAAAUCUUGAUGAAAAAUUUGGACUUUUUGUAUAAUGAGGCGAUUGCAAAGCUUGUUGCUUUAGGUUAUGAUGAGGAUGUUGCAUUGAGGGCUGUUUUGACUAAUGGGCAUUGUUAUGGUGGGAUGGAUGUGUUGACUAAUAUUUUGCAUAAUUCGUUGGCGUUUUUGAAUAGUGUGUCGAAUGGGAGUUCGAAUGGGAAUGAGGGGGAUUGUGUUGUGAGUGAGCAUGUUUUCGAUGAUUUGAGGCAGUUGGAGGGGUUUUCGUUAGCGGGUAUGGUGUGUUUGUUGCAGCAGCUUAAGCCGCAGUUGAGUAAGGGUGAUGCUAUGUGGUGUUUGCUCAUGAGUGAUCUUCAUGUCGGUCGAGCGAGCGUGAUGGAAAUCCCGGGUUCGAGUUCGAAUGGUAAUGGUAAUGGUAAUGGGGAUGGUUGUAGUAAUGGUGAGUCGAGUGGUCCGGUUGUGAGUAAUGUGGAGAAGAUGAGUAAUGAUUCGGUUGGUGUGACUCCGGCUUUGUGUCGGUUUCACGGUGGAUGGGGUUUCGGAAGUGGCGGAACGGCUGAUUUUCCGAUGAGCCGGUUUUUAUCGUAUGCCGCUUCGGAAUUGAGUUUGCAGAGGGAAAUCGAGUGUCCGAAGAGGUUUAACCUUACUCCUUCGAUGAAAGUGCUUUUAAAAAGAAACGUAGCGAUGUUCGCUGCGGGAUACCGCGCGAAGAAAAAAGACGCACAAGUUGGUCCAAGCUCGUUGUCAAACGGGCAUUCGUCAAACGCGAUUGAAGCAGUUGCUGAAAAAACCGAAGAGGCGGUUAAGAAUCAAGAAGGGGUGAACAUGAUGUUGAGUAAGUUUCGCGAUAUGAAUCUCGAAGGUGAUACGGAAUACGUACCCGAGGAUCAAAAAGACGAGAUGAUCUUGAGUCUGAUGCAUCAAAUCAAAGAUCUCGAGAAACAAGUGAAGGAACGGAAAGAAUGGGCGCAUCAGAAAGCGAUGCAAGCUGCGAGAAAACUCAGUAACGAUCUCACCGAAUUGAAAAUGUUACGGAUGGAACGGGAGGAGACGCAACGUUUGAAACAGGGGAAGCCGACGGUUGAAGAUCCGACGAUGAAGCGGCUUUCGGAGAUGGAGACUGCUUUGCGGAAAGCGAGCGGUCAAGUUGACCGUGCGAAUGCGGCGGUUAGACGGCUUGAAACGGAGAAUGCGGAAAUCAGAGCGGAAAUGGAGGCUUCGAAGUUGAGUGCUUCAGAAUCUGUUAAUACGUGUUUGGAAGUUGCUAGAAGGGAGAAGAAGUAUCUGAAGAGGCUUUUGGCUUGGGAAAAACAGAGAGUUAAGUUGCAGGAGGAUAUUGCAGCCGAAAAGAGGAUGAUCGUUGAGUUGCAAGAAGAGAUGGUGCGAGUUGAGGCGGCAAAAAAGGCAGCUGAGGCAAAGUGGAAGCAAGAACAGAAAGCUAAAGAACGUGCGCUUGCACAAGUUGAAGAAGAAAGGCGUCUCAAAGAGGCAACAGAAGUCAACAACAAAAGAAAGCAAGAAGCUUUACGUUCCAAAAUCGAGUUAGACUUCCAACGCCACAAAGACGACCUCCAGCGACUCGAACAAGAACUCGCACGCCUCAAAACGUCAACCAAUUCAGACAACAAGCAUCCAACUAACGAGUCAGCAAACGAGACUCCCAACGGGUCCCACCCAACGAUUGCAAGGCUGCUCCACGAACUCGACAAUCUCGAUAACUUCGAUGAAAAAGAAAGCGGGAUUGAUCGGGAAUGCAUACUAUGUUUGAAAGACGAAGUUUCCGUUGUGUUCUUGCCUUGUGCGCAUCAAGUUGUUUGUGCUAGUUGCAACGAUGAGUACGGGACGAAAGGGAAGGCAACGUGUCCGAUCUGUCGUGUGGUUAUUGAACAGAGGAUUCGUGUUUUCGGGGCCAGCUCUUGAAUCGGAAGCAACCGAAGUUAAUAUAUAUCGAAAGGUGAAGUAUUAUGGUAAGCUUGUGGAUAUACAGAAGAAUGAAGGAUUGUUGUUUUGUUGUCUCCUGAAUUUGUGUUUUGAUCAAGUCUGCUAUAUUACUAAAUAUUUAUAAAUAAAGCUGCAGAGCAUGUACCUGUUUGUCUGGCAGACAGGGUUGCUUGUGCAUUUUACAUAAGUAAAAGGUAAAAAUAAUUGGUCUUUUAA